UCAGGCUUCUCUCUUGUGUUGUGUUCUCUUGUGUUGUGCGCAUUCCGCUACUGUAGGCUGUAGUGGUGAUAGAUCGGCUGUGUGAUAAAUUUCAAAAGAUAAAAAUGCGCCGAGGAUUUAAUUUAAAUACCAAAGAUAUAAAGCAGAGUAUCAACAUAUUGUCUGCAGUGAUAGACUUGGACGAAUCUAUUUGUAAACCUAUCACCAACAAAGAGCAUCGUGAGAAAAUGCAGGAGGCUGUACAGGGUUUAUUACAUCUUGACUUGUCGGAUAUUGAAGAAAAAACCGAUACUGAGGUGGAAAGUAACCUCACUUCAUUGCUUCUCUCAGCUUGCGCAUCAGGUUACUAUGAACUUGUCCAGGAACUCAUCACAAGGAAUGUACAACUUGACAUAAAUAGAGCUCACAUCAAAGAGAAUUGUACUGCAUUAAUGGAGGCUGCCAGAGCAGGACACGCCAAUAUUGUGCACUUACUUCUUUCUCAUGGUGCUGAUGUCGAUGCUCGCUCCUCUACAAAAAAUUCUGCUCUCAUAUACGGAUGCGCUGGUGGAUAUGAGGAAGUUGUACGUAUUCUAUUGGAAGCAAAAGCUAAUAUUGAGAAUUGUAACGAAGAUGGUUGUACACCUUUGAAGGCAGCAGCAAAAGCUGGUUAUGUUCCGAUUGCUAAGAUUUUACUGGAACAUGGAGCAAUGUGCAAAACACAGUCCAGUGAAUUUAAAGAAACUGCGUUAACAUUGGCCUCCUACAAAGGACAUUUAGAGAUGGUUCGACUCUUACUGGAAGCUGACGCAAGUCAGAAAUAUGAUAUCAAUGAUCUAAACAUGGCACUUGUGGUUACAUCGAUAGGUGGUUAUAUAGAAGUAGCGCGCUUACUCUUAGACUCAGGUGCCCAAGUAGAUACAGAAACCGACAGCGCCGAAUCUUCGUUAUUAUUGGCGGCUUGGAGAGGUCAUACGGAACUUGUGAAACUUCUGCUUGAUCGAGGAGCAAACAUCAAUAAAACUAACAUUCAGGGUUACAAUUCCUUGAUGCAGGCAUCGCGCGCAGGUCACAUGGAAACGGUCGCGUUACUUUUAAGUGAAGGUGCAAUUGUCAAUACCCAAAAUAAUAAAACUUCGGAAACGGCACUUAUUUUAGCCUGCCAUGGCGGUUUUCUUAGAGUUGUUGAGUAUUUAAUUAAAACGGAUAUUGAUAUCAAUAUGGGAUAUGCGGUAUAUACUCCUUUAAUAAAAGCAGCCCAAGCAGGACAUAUAGAUGUUGUUCGAUAUUUAUUGAAUUGUGCCGCCGAAGUUGAAAUUCAAUCGGAUAAAGGGAAGACAGCAUUGACAUAUGCCUGCGAAAAUGGUCAUACCGACAUAGUUACGCUUUUACUUACAUUUAAUGCCAAUUUGGAACAUGAAACGAAGGAAGGUGCGACUCCUCUAAUACUAGCUUGUAUCGCUGGUCAUUUUGACUUAGUUCAAUAUCUUAUGACAACGGGAGUCAAUAUCAAUUACCAAACAGAAUUUAAAUACACUGCUCUCACAAUGGCAUCUAUAUCUGGUCAUGCAGCUAUAGUUGCACUGCUUCUUGAUCACGGUGCUGUCCGACAGUAUGAAGAUGAAGAUGGACUGUUAACGGCAGAAGUAGCAAGAAAUAAUCAGCCAUACACCAUCAAUCUGUUACUAGAUAAACCUAGAAUUUUUCGAACGUAUGCACAUAAUUAUAGUACUAAUAACAAUAAUGAAUCUUUAUUUCAAACUUACGCCUUAUGUUGGGAAGACAUGAAGAAUAGAGAACAGUUAUCUUAUAUGAAGCGUGAGACAGUUAAGACUGCUUUACUAGAAAUAAUUGCAGUAUGUGUGUGUAACACAGCAAAGGAAAUGUAAAAUAUGGUUGCAAGUGUUGGACAGUUAUUUCUCUUUUAUCACGAACAAUGUGUAAACAUAACAAGUGACAUGCUCAGCUAUAUAACAAGGCAGAAAAAGAUUUAUAAAUACUGAAAUAAUUUUUAGGAUAAAGGAUCAAAGAGAAAGAAAAGGCCUCUACAAAACUUCGUUCAGAUGAAAUAUUAGAAAAAUACAAGCCAGACUGAGGCCAAAUGUUUGGUUAUUUUUUUUUUUUUCUAUAAAUGAAUAAGUGUAUAAGUCAUAUUAUACGAAAUAAAACUGCUAUUUAACUUA